GUGUGCGUUUGUCCAUGAGGCGGCGGACUCCCGAGCUUCUCACGGUCUGACACAGCGAGCUGAGCGGUUAUGGCCGGUGUCUUUGACAUUGAUUUGGAUCAGCCGGAGGAAAAUGUCUCCGACGAUGACAACGAGGAGGCUCAAAUCAAUGACAUCAUGGACCAGUGCAGUGGAUUUGAGUUCAAUAUGGAGGACUGUGAGAAAAUUGAGAUAUCAGAGGACAACGUCAACCAAGGGACAGAAAACAUCAGGCCAGAGUGUUUUGAGCUGCUGCGGGUACUUGGAAAGGGUGGUUAUGGAAAGGUCUUUCAAGUUCGAAAAGUUGUUGGAGCUGCAUCUGGGAAAAUAUUUGCCAUGAAGGUUUUAAAAAAGGCUAUGAUUGUCCGUAAUGCUAAGGACACAGCUCACACCAAGGCUGAGAGGAACAUUCUGGAAGAGGUGAAGCAUCCCUUCAUCGUUGACCUCAUCUAUGCCUUUCAGACCGGAGGAAAGCUGUACCUCAUCCUGGAGUACCUGAGCGGAGGAGAGCUUUUCAUGCAGCUGGAGAGGGAAGGCAUCUUCAUGGAAGACACGGCUUGUUUUUACCUGGCAGAGAUCUCAAUGGCUCUGGGCCAUCUACACCAGAAGGGCAUUAUCUACAGAGACCUAAAACCUGAGAACAUCAUGCUCAACAGCCAAGGGCAUGUGAAGCUAACAGAUUUUGGGCUGUGCAAAGAGUCCAUUCAUGAUGGAACAGUCACUCACACGUUCUGUGGUACCAUAGAGUACAUGGCUCCUGAGAUUUUGCUGAGAAGUGGACACAACAGAGCGGUGGACUGGGAGUUUGGGUGCCUGAUGUACGAUAUGCUCACAGGAGCCCCACCGUUUACUGGUGAAAACCGCAAAAAGACCAUAGACAAGAUCUUGAAGUGCAAACUCAACCUCCCGCCCUACCUCACACAAGAAGCUAGAGACCUCCUAAAACGGUUGCUGAAAAGGAAUGCCUCAUCAAGGUUGGGAGCAGGAGCAGGGGACGCCACGGAGGUGCAGGCUCAUCCCUUCUUUCGACACAUCAGCUGGGAGGAUUUGCUGGCUCGGAAAGUUGAGCCUCCGUUCAAGCCUUUCCUGCAAUCAGCUGAAGAUGUGAGUCAGUUUGACUCAAAGUUCACCAGCCAGACGCCAGUCGACAGCCCGGAUGACUCCACCCUCAGUGAGAGUGCCAAUCAAGCCUUCCUGGGUUUCACAUAUGUUGCACCAUCAGUCCUGGAAAAUAUUAAAGAAAAGUUCUCAUAUGAGCCCAAAAUCCGCUCACCUCGGCGGAUUGUUGAUAGUCCACGAACACCUUUAAGCCCAGUCAAGUUCUCAGGGGGUGAUUGCUGGUCCCGGAACCCUCUUCUUCCCGGUGGAGGACCAAGUGUCCUUCCAGCUUCUCAGGACCAGGCUAUGGAGGUGUCUGCUCUGGAGCAGAUGGACGUAACAGCCAGCUCCGAGGCCUCGGCCCCUCUUCCCAUCCGUCAGCCUGCCGGGGUCAGCCUGGGUCAGGUGAAGCAGCAGGCGUAUCCCGUUAUGGCCAAACGGCCAGAGCAUCUACGUAUGAACCUAUGACCCGCUGCGCUUCUUUGGGACAGUUUUUUUCUUGACGACUCCAACCUUUGUUGAUAUUUUUUUAAGAAAAGCAAAAAGACAUGGAUGCUUCAGACAAUAAAAAUCUAAACUUGCACAUCGGCACACCAUAUCAUGUCACUACCUGGAGUGCGUGAGUGUGGAAUAUCCUGUGUGCUGACUAUGUCACUGUCACCGCAACCUCAUGUCUCAUGACCUCUAUCUUUUGACCCUUGACCCCUUUGGACUUGCAGAACGGGAACUCUUCUGAGGAAUUUGUGUGAAAGCCUCAAACCAGGAAAUCAAAGGUGGUUAAGUAUCACACCAUAUGCAUGUGAUUUAUGCUAAAAUGCAGGCCUCCUGCUGCGAGGUUACAUCCAAAGUGCUAUUUGAGUGAAUGUCAGUGAGGAAAGUUCUUCCUUUGGAAGAUUUUGAGUGUCUUAGCAGGGAAAAAAAUGCUUCAUGGCUCUGAAUGAAAUCUGAUUUUUGUUUUCUGGACAAAGAAAAAUGCUGGUGUUAGGGGAUUAUGAGCAACUGACAGGCAGCAGUUCUGACGUUGACUAUAGCUUUAUGUCUUAAGACGUUUUACAAAACUGGAUGUAUCAGAUGUGCUGUACAUCAGCAUUAAAUCAGUGAGCGCUUAAAUUAAAGAAGUCAAACACA